GCGUCGUGAGGACUCAUUAUGGAGAACACCAAGUUCCGUCUCGUCAGAGUUUAGUUUGAAAUUUCUUUUGCGAAGCGGUGUUGUCCGGUCCGUUUCUUUCUCAGAAUGUCCACGUUGUUUCCCUCGUUGUUCCCUCGCAUGACAGAGUCCUUGUGGUUUAACCUGGACCGCCCGUGUGUGGACGAGACUGAACUGCACCAGCAAGAGCAGCAGCACCAGACCUGGUUACAGAGCAUUGCCGAAAAAGACAAUAAUUUAAUGCCCAUCGGGAAGCCCAUCUUUGAGACGUUUGAUGAGGAAGAGGAGGAAGACGACGAAGACGAGGAAGACAGCGAGGAGGACUCGGAGGACGAUGAGGACAUUCAGGACAUGGACGAAAUGAACGACUACAACGAGUCCCCGGAUGACGGCGAGAUCAACGAGGUCGACAUGGAGGGUGCCGAGCAGGAUCAGGAUCAGUGGAUGAUAUAAAACGGCUCCCCGUGUUGUUCUCGCACCUUCGAUCAGAUUGGAGUAGAUCUACGAGGCCACAGAGCGCCUGGGAGCAUUUACUGAAGACUUGGCGUUUUUAGCACUGUGCACAUCUGGAAUGUCACAGCGACCCAGGUGGCCAAUGACAUGGCAAGAUUUAUUUUUUACUGCAUGGUGUUGUCUAAUGUAUUAAACCACCAGUAAAAAUUGUGAGUGUUAUCAUAUACUUGUACCAUAGUAGCAGCAAGAGGUUUGCUUUAAAUAGUUAACGACUACCAAGAAACGUGGUUCUUGAUUCUUCCUGAGCAGCAGAGGCCGUCUCCGUUCCUUGUACCCUGUCAUGCAAGACCGUGAAUUCGUAGAAACGGCUGAAUAGGAAACACUUAAAAUGAGACAGAAGAGAUGUGAACCUUUUUAUAAAGAGUGGUGUGAAACUGAAAUAUUUUAUUGACUUUUAAACAUAAUUCUCAGUUGACUACAGGGUUCAAAUAUUUAUGUACUGUCCUGAGAGUGUUGAGCAUAUUUUUAAGUUUUACAGACCGUGUCCUGUGAAAAUGAAUAAAGUUAC